AUGUCGACUCAAGCCAACGAACAGAAGACCGCGCCGUCAAUUGACGUGAAGGAACUGAGCUAUGCAUUCCCUGACGGUUCGAGUGGGUUAAAAGAGGUCUUUCUGAACCUGCCACCAGGUAGCAGAACCCUUCUGAUCGGAGCCAACGGCGCAGGUAAGACGACGCUUCUGCGCCUGCUCUCCGGCAAGCGCAUGGCCCCCGCCAACACCGUCUCCAUUGCAGGCGUCGACCCCUUCAAACAUGGCCUCGAGGGCGUUACUUAUCUCGGCCUGGAGUGGGUUCUGAACCCCAUUGUGCGGACAGACAUCGACGUGGUCACCCUCCUCAACUCUGUCGGUGGCCAGUACUACGCGGAGCGGUGCGCCGAGCUAGUUCAGGUUCUGGACAUCGACCUCACGUGGCGCAUGCAUGCCGUGUCUGAUGGCGAGAGGAGAAGAGUACAGCUGGCCAUGGGCCUGCUGCGACCAUGGACCAUCCUCUUGCUUGACGAGAUUACCGUCGAUCUCGACUUGCUGUCGCGAUCCAACUUCUUGGCGUUCUUGAAAAAGGAGACCAGGGAGCGGCCCUGCACCAUCGUGUACGCGACACACAUCUUGGAUAACCUCGCGACCUGGCCUACACAUCUGGUACACAUGUCACUUGGCAAGGUCAAGAAGUGGGGUAGCCUGGAUGACAUGGGCGUGAAGAGCGAUCCCGAUUCGAGGGUUCUGUCUGGCAACAGUCAGCUUGGUGAGCUCGUGCUCAACUGGCUACAGGAGGACCUCGACGAGAGAGGCCCCAGGAAUGGCAGAAACGCGCCACGUUCUGAAGGCAAGACCUACCAGAAUCUUGAGGGCAAGGGCGGCUAUGGCGCGGAGAAGAAGGUCGACAAGGAGUAG